AUGAAGACCUCACGAUACGCCAUCUCUCGACAGAAAGCCUGCCAGCAAUGCUCCAUCGCCAAAGCCCGGUGCGACCGCAAGGAGCGAUGCUGCUCGCGCUGCGCUCUGCGGCAUCUGCCCUGCCUCUACCCUCAUUCGAAUCCCACGACGACCGCCGCCUCGAAGCUCUUUGGCGACAGCAGAGAUGCCGAGUUUCUCGAUUUCUCCACCCCCGAUCUCAUCUGCCCGAUCAACGCAGAGGAAAUCAGCAACCGGUGGCUGAACGCGUAUAUCCCGCUCCCUGGCCAGAGUGUCAAGAAUUACCCGGCCACUGUGUCGGCCUUUAUCUACCGCCUCCUCAAGUCUUACACCGGCAUGGCCGUCCAUGGCCGCGGGUUCCCGCCGUUCGUUCAUGUCACGCAGCUGAUGGGCCCGCAUCCAAGUCCGCUCUUGUCUACUUGCCUAAGCAUCAUACGGAUAUGCGACAAGCCCUUGCCAGGGAGCGAGAAUGUGACUGCCGAGAUUCUGCAGAGGGAGAUGAGCAACAUAUAUGAAAGGCGCGACACUUAUGAUCAUCUGUCCAUGCUGAGCGCAUUCCAGGCCUUCCUCAUGUACACCAUGGUCUUGUUCUUCAGACUGAGCCAAGGCAACAACCCUGUUCUCCGUCAGGCUAUGAUGAAUCUACAAGAGCUGGCCUGCGUGGCAGCUCGUCAAGGCUUAAUGAGCCUGGCAGAGCAGCGGCGGACGCGCCCCAAGUGGGAAAGCUGGGUCAUUGCCGAGGCUAAACGGCGAACGAUCUUCACCAUGUAUCUCUUUGAUAGCGUCCUCUCCUCUGAAGACGGGCUGACAACGUUUCUUGGCACCGAGUUGGAAGGGUUGCCGGCAGUUUCGAGCAAAACCCUGUGGCUCGCUCAGACACGGCGCGACUGGGAGGCUGCGUACAAUGUGCACCUCGCCGAGUGGGAUGAGGGAAGCCUCCGCAUCAACGAGCUGUGGCCUAUUCCCCAAGGACUGGAUGAACCACAGGUCGCAAAGAGACGCCAUAGAGUGGACAGCUGGCUUGAGGAUCUGGACGAAUUUGGCACCAUGCUCUAUGCAAUCACGAGCUGCACACACGGAGGCAUCUACCCAGCCGAGCCCUACAGCAUCUUUGACAGUCGACAAAGGGCGUUUAUCGUGAUUAUCGUCUCCACAGCCGCAACCUUCUCCGGCUUUGCCUCCAACAUCUACUUCCCCGCCCUUCCCACCAUCGCCUCCGACCUGCACGUCUCCAUCGAACUCGUCAACCUCACCGUAACAUCCUACCUCAUCUUCCAGGGCAUCGCGCCCAGCCUCUGGGGCCCCGUGUCCGACGUCAAGGGCCGAAGAGUCGCCUACUGCUGCACCUUUCUCGUCUUCGUCGGCGCGUGCGUCGGGCUGGCCGAGACGAACAACUAUGCCACCCUCGUGGUGCUGCGAUGCCUCCAGAGCACGGGCAGCGCGAGCACGAUUGCGAUUGGCAGCGGCGUCAUCGGCGACAUCACGACGAGGGCCAACAGGGGCGGGCUGAUGGGCAUCUUCCAGGCCGGCUUGCUCGUCCCGGUGGCGAUUGGGCCGGUGAUUGGGGGUGCGAUUGCGGGAUCGCUGGGGUGGAGGGCGAUUUUCUGGUUCUUGACGGGGUAUGGGGGCGGCUUCUUGGUGUUUCUGGUGGUGUUUCUGCCGGAGACGCUGCGGUCGGUGGUUGCGAAUGGCAGUCGGACGCCUUCGUCCCCGAUGGCAAGGUAUCCUCUCGUCGUAUACCAGAAGCUCACCAAGAUUGAGUGGAACGGCGAGAAUUCGGCGGCGGCCCCUGACGCGAAGAAGCGCAUCGACGUGCUUGGCCCGUUCCGCAUCCUCUUCAGCAAACACGCGACGCCCAUCAUCGUCUUCUUGUCGAUAUACUACGCCGUGUGGCAGAUGAGCAUCACCGCCAUGUCGACGCUCUUUGAGCAGAAGUAUCAUCUCAAGGAGACGCAGAUUGGGCUGACGUUUAUCGCCAACGGCGUGGGGUCCAUGGUUGGGACGCUCAUCACGGGCAAGAUUCUUGACAAGGACUACAAAAAGGUCAAGGCUGCGCAUGAUGCUGCUCAACAGUCUCAGAUGGCGACUGAUGGAAACAACGGGGUUGGGGUUGAGGAGGCCGCGGAGGACAGCUUUCCGCUUGAAAAGGCUCGUCUUCGCCUGGUACCGCUCUUCUCCAUCAUCCAAUGUCUCUCCAUCCUCCUCUUCGGCUGGACAAUCAACUACCCCGACAAGGUGCCCAUCGCCAUCCCCAUCAUAUCCACCUUCAUCACCGGCUGGACCGCCGUGUCGACGCAGUCCAUCAUCAUGACCUAUCUCGUCGACGUGUUUUCCGACCGCAGCGCCGCGGCGAGCGCGAGCCUGAAUCUGGCGCGGUGUCUCUUUGCGGCGGGCGGCACGAGCAUCGUCAUGCCCAUGGUGAAUGGCAUCGGGGUGGGGUGGGCGUUUACGAUUUGUGCGGUUGUGCAGCUUGUUGCGCUGCUGGGGCCGGCGGUGCAGUGGAGGUUUGCGGCUGGGUGGAGGAGGCAGGCGAGGAUGCGAAAUGGUAAAUAGGGGGUU